AUGGCUCCUUCCGCCACCAAGAUCAAUAUCGAGGACGGCGGUCUCGUUGAGCGAAGGCCUUCUGACAGAUAUUCCGAGAUCGAAUCACCUGUCCAAGUCAUUCAGGAGCGAUCUCAGAAUGUGGCGACUCGUGCUCGAGCGGAAGUGCGCCUUCGUCGCAAAAUCGACCUCCGUUUAUGCACUAUAGCCGGCAUUCUUUGCAGCCUGAAUCUUUUAGACAGCGGCAUUAUCUCUUCAGCUUCCGUCACAAGCAUGCUCUCUGAUCUGAACCUUACAGGAGAUCGAUAUUCCGUUGCCAUUUUCAUCUUCACGGUCGCAUCCGUGUGCUGCCAGUUGCCCGCAACCAUUUUGCUGCGCUUUGUUGGUCCGAGAAAUUUUUUUUCGGCAAUCACUUGUGCCUUUGGAAUAAUUACCAUCUGCACUGCAGCUAUCUCCAGCUGGCAGCAAAUGAUAGCAUUGAGGGUUCUUCUUGGAAUCUCGAUGUCCGGAAUCUUCCCGGGCUUGACGUACCUUGUGUCCACCUGGUUUACUCGCAAGGAACAACAACUUCGAUUCGCCCUUCUGCAAUCGGGCGAAAUCAUCAUUCUCGCAACCGGCUCCAUCGUCAAUUUUGGUUUAAAUCAUCUCGAUCAUCGUCACGGCCUUCGCGGGUGGCAAUGGAUGUACUUAGUCCAAGGUACAGCCACUGUCUUUCUGGGGAUCAUCACCUACUUCUGGAUGAUUGACUUUCCGGAUAAAUGUGAGAACUCAUUUUAUUUUCUCACCGAAGACGAGAAGAUCCUGGCCAUUUCGCGAAUCAACGAGGACCGUCGUGACGCCGGAAAGCCGGAGCCCUUCAGUCUGCCCGCCAUUUUGGUGAACUUUCUGGACUUGAAGCUCUAUGCCUUCAGCGUAUUGUUCUUCCUCCUGAAUAUAGUUUCGACAGCACUUUCCUACUUCUUGCCCAUAAUCCUUCAAAGCGGUAUGGGUUUCGACACCAACAAGGCAAUCUUGUUGUCUUCUCCCCCAUAUUACUAUGCAGUCAUCCCGGUUCUCCUGUCAUCUUAUCUUGGCGACAAAUACCGAAUUCGAGGCCCCGUCAUCAUCUUCAACGCAACAUGCCUGAUCAUUGGAUUUUGUAUGCUGGGAUUUCCAAGUCAGGUCACGGUCAGGUAUGUCGGUACUUUUUUGGCGACCGGCGCGUAUGUGUCCAAUUGGGCGGCCCUCAAUGCGUAUCAAGCAAACAAUGUUGUCGGUCAAUGGAAGCGUGCCACUGUGGCAGCAGCAAUUUCAGCUUGUAAUGGACUGGGAGGUAUUGCUGGCAGCUACAUUGUCCGUCAACCAGAAGCGCCUCGGUAUUUGACCGCCAUUUGGUAUGGUUUUGGUUUGCAAACUGCAAAGCCAGGAAAGGAGACCAUCUCAUUGAGGGCGUCCCGGAUUUCCGGUACACUUACUGAAUAUGUGGCCUUAUAA